UCGCACUGCCCGUUCAGUCGCUCUCGGAGUGUUCGCCAUGGAGAACUUUGGUGUCGCAUUGGCGCUGCUGCUACUGCUGGCGGGGAGUGGUGCAGGUCAUCUGCUCCCGGGUCAGCCGUCCAUUGACCUCCGCAUCCAGGCCCAGGAGCAGUUGAUCUCGCAGAGCAACGACAGCGCCUAUUUGCAGCGAUUGAUGCGUCUGGCCAAAUCGGCUGAGAUGCGCAGCUAUAUGCAGCCGGAUGUGGAGGCCUGCGGCAAUUUCUACGACUAUAGCUGCGGAAAUUGGCCCCAGAUCAAUCCGGCCAAUGAUGCCCAGCCCCGGGAGACCAACUUCGAGCAGCUGCUGGUCAAGGCCUAUCGCCACAAACAGCAGCGUUUGAUGGAGCAACCGGCGAAUGAGGAAACGGAUGAUGUGGCUGUGCUACGGCUCAAGCAGUUUUAUGCCAGCUGCCUGAUGUUCCGGCAAACGCCAGAGGAUCUCUAUCGACGUCACUUGCAGGAAAUAGUGGCAGAGUUCGGCCGAAUGCCGGUCCUGAGUCUCACGGGUCAGGAAUGGCCAGCUGAUGAGUUCGACUGGCUAAGCACUGUGGCCCGGAUCAAGAAAAAGUACGGCUUUGACAUCGUUUUGCUUUUUCAGUCAUCUGCCGAUCACAUCUACGUGGGUCAGCCAAAGCAGAUCCUUCCGGUGGCCAAUAGACAAGCCGUAGCUGAUGCCACAGCCCAUCAACUGCAGCACCAUUUGGGCGUGGAUCCCGAGCUGGCCAAUACGAUGGCCCGGGAAAUCACAGAUUUGGAGCAACGCAUUGCCAGCAUUAUGCUUGAUCGUCGAGUUGGUGUUCUGUCCCGUUUGCGCACCGGCAAUGAGUCGGAUACAUAUCAUUUUAAAAUCGGCAAUCUGACUCAUUAUGUGGAAACAGUCCUCGACCGCAAAUUGCAAUUUAACGAAACUCUCUACGAACAUGUGCCCAGCUACCUAAGCGCUUUGGUUGACUUGGUAACGGAAACACCACCUGAAGUGCUGGCCAACUACAUUUUCAAUGAGCUACUGCAGCACUUUUACUACGAGCGAUCGGGUUCCGUUGUGAAGCAAUGUGUGAGCCGGGUUAGAGAUCUUUUUCCUGACCUUCUCGAUAACAUGGUGUUUAACCAGUAUGGAGAUGAAGCUACGCUAAGUGACAUCGAGGACGUCUGGCAGCACAUCCAGCAGAGCUUUCGAGGUGUACUUCAAAACUCAUCAGCCGACUGGUUGGCUUUGGAGACCCGAGAACAACUGCUGGAGCAGUUGAAUACCACCAGUCUAGUGAUCAAUGGAUACACCGAUAUUAACUUCACGGAGCGUUAUGAGGGACUGCAGCUUAAGCCCCGGGAUUAUCUGCACAAUUUGAGGAGCAUACUCAGCCAUCAAAGCUUGAGUGUCAAAGCGAAGACUCAAACAUCUGCUGCGUAUGAUCCCGUGGGAAAACGAGUCCUGCUGCCGGUAGCUCUGCUCCAGCCGAACUUCCUAUGGUCCCGCUUCUAUCCGAGAGCCGUACGUUAUGGUAGCCUUGGCACCCUGCUUGCCCGACAACUGGCGCACAGUCUGGAAGAUGCCUCCAAGUGGGAUGCCAAGUCGUUUGCCGAGUACGCCAAGCGGAAGGCCUGUUUCAAGAGGCAAUACGGUCGCCUGCGACUCAAUGGACAAUAUUUGCCGGAGAGCGAUUUGCAGGCGGAGAACAUAGCCGACAAUCUGGCCAUCCAGGUUGCCUACCACGCCUACAGAAGUUACCUAGGCACACUGGAUCCGUCCUUCUUGGGUUCAGAGUCACUGCCACAACUUAACCUUAGCUCUCGGAGACUGUUCUUCCUCAGUUUUGGGCAGCUGUGGUGCAACGAUGCCAAUGAGCAGUUCCGGGACAAGCAAUCCCUGCUCCAAUUGCGGACCCCCAAUGCGCUCCGACUGCUGGGAGCCCUGUCCAACUUCAGGGCCUUUGGACGGGAUUUUAACUGCGGACGCGGAAGCCUGAUGACUCUGCCCGAGAAGUGUCAACUAUUUGCCGUAAGCCUGGAUUAGUUAAGACCUGAAGUAAACUAAAUAUUACCUUGUUAAAUAUGGUAAAGUAAUAAAUGAGAAAUUGAAUCUACAAAUGAUUU